AUGAAAAGACCGCGUACGGACGAUGUACGCGGGAGGGAUGGACACUUCGUUCCAACAAAGGAUCGCAAUAUCUGGUUCGAUGGCGGCACCGUCGUACUCGUGGCAGAUAAUAUCGCUUUCCGACUGCACAAAGGGCUGCUGAGCGAAUUCUCAGCGUAUUUCGGGCGACUGUUCGACGAACCACAACCUGCGGCGCCCACGGAGGGAUUUGAUGGGGCCCAAGUUGUUCGCCUCACAGACAAGGCAGAAGAUAUAGCCCGCCUACUGCGGUUGGCGAUACAUGGCUCAAAGCGCUUACAAGCCAGUGAGCGGGUUGACUUUCCUCUCGUGGCAUCAUGGAUCCGAAUGGGGCAUAAAUAUGAAAGGCAAGACAUCUGCGCAAAGGCGAUGGAGCGACUAGUGUCGUUCUUCAGCGAUAAUCUCAAAGAAUGGCUAGUGGCUCACGCAAGCUAUGGGACCCCUCUCAUAUCUGUCAUGCCAGAGGAAGCUGUCGGCGCGGUCAAUCUAGCACGCCUGACAGGGACUCUGACCAUUCUCCCAUCAGCACUCUACAUGUGCUGCCAACUCUCUUCGAAGGAUCUCCUGCGUGGCGUGACCCUCUCCGAUGGCACCAUCGAGAAGCUGAACGAGGGCGAUGUCGAGCGUUGCUUCGACGCGCGCGAGGAGGUUAUGCGCCAGAACAUCAACUCUAUGUUACGACUCUGGCAACCCGAUACUGCUCGCGCGUGCAGUACCCCAACGUUUUGUAAGCACGCACUU